ACAAUCGAAUUACACACAUCCUGUGCUCCAAAUCCAAGUCACCAGCUUGCCUGACCUUUGCUUUCUGGGUUCUGGUAGUCCAACUUGAUCUGAGCGAAAAUGUCGACCGAAGCACUUGAGCAGCGCGAGCGCAAGCCCCAUAAGGUCGAUGCUGCCGAGGCCAACGGUCACAGCUCGGACGUUCCAGACUUUGCUGCGGCGGAGGAGUUUGCUGCGGAUGUCGCGGGCGACUCUACCGAUGUGCCGGAGCCUGAGGACGCGGAGGCGGAGGCCAGCACCUCGCACGCCAAGAUCUAUUUCGUGCGCGUUCCCCGCCCGCCCUACAACGACGACCUGGUUAAGAAGCUCUCGGCGCAGUUCCAGGAGCAAGUUGCAAAGCUCAAGGGAAUGAACGCCAAGAUGGCAGCCAAGAGGGAGGAGCUGCGCGAGGUCCGCCGCCAGCUGGUUGUGGGCCGCUCGCUGAAGGAUGGCUCGCAGCCGGAGUACGAGGAGAAGCUCAACCGCCUGAAGCAGCUGCGGGACCUCCGCAACGGGUACGUGGCAAAGAUUCAGGCCAUUAAGGAGAACCUGCGCGGCCUUGACUGCAAGAGUGAGGAGGAGCUGGACGCUAAGGUGAAAGAGCUGGAGGACAAGAUCUCGCACGGCAGCCUCAUCCUGCGCGAGGAGAAGCAGGUUGUGCAGCAAAUCUCCAAGCUGCAGACGCAGCGCGCCCAGAUCCGCGACUACGACAACCAGAAGAACGCUCUGACGGAGCUGGAGGCUGAGACGCAGAAGGUCAAGGUGGUGAUGGCUGAGCUGGACGGCGAGUUCGGCAUCCUCAAGGCCGAGCGCGACCAGGCGCAGGGCAUCAUCAAGGAGAUCAUGACGAAGGUGAAGGCCUUCGAGGCGGAGCUGAAGGACAUGGAGGAGGAGCAAAAGGAGGCCGUGGCGGCUAAGAACGAGGCCCUGGCUGCCCUGGAUAAGGCGCGCACAGACAUGAACGAGUCCAUGGUGGACUACCGCGACAACCGCACCUUCAGCCUGAAGGUGCGCGACAUGGUCACCGCGGGCCAGGUGGAGGAGGCGCGCGCGCUGUGCGUGGCGCAGGUGGAUGAGUACGUGGGCAAGAUCGCCAGCGACUUCACCUUCCGCAAGGAGUACUACAGCCUGUGGGCGUCGCAGCGCCGCUACGCGGUCUCGGAGCUGCUGCCUGACAGCACCACCGUGGUGAAGGAGCCCCGGGCGGGUGAUGCGGGCAAGCCUGGCGCCAAGGGUGGCAAGCCGGACAAGGGCGCCAAGGCGCCGCCGCCGAAGCCUCAGGGCGCGGAGAAGGCCAAGCUGCUGAUUGAGCAGCUGAUGGCGGAGGCCAGCGCAGAGGUCAGCCGCAAGAACGCUGGGCGGCCGCCGGUGGACGCGGACUAUGACGAGGGCGAUGCUGAUGACGAGCUGGACGAGACGCCGGCGGCCCCCGCGCCAGUGGCGGAGGCGGCCAAGCCCCGCGCCGCGGCUGCCAGCGCGCGGCCAGCGGACGUGCUGAAGUCGGUGGAGCUGCCCAAGAUUGUGGACGAGGAGUUCGUGCCGCCGGUCAUGAAGACCGAGGCGGAUAAGGCGGCCGCCGCGGCAGAGAAGGACAAGGAGCGCCAGCGCGAGGAGCAGAUGCGGAGGAUGGCAGAGGCUGAGGAGAAGAAGCGCAAGGCCGCUGAGGCCAAGGAGAAGAAGCGCAAGGAGAUGGAGGCGAAGCGCAAGGCGGACGAGGAGGCCAAGAAGAUCCAGGACGCAGCGGAGGCGGCGGAGCGCGCCAAGCACGCGGCUGCCGAGCGCGCGGCGGCGGAGGCGAAGAAGAAGGCGGCGGAGGCGGCCGCCAAGGCGGCCGCCGAGGCCAAGGCCGCGAACAACCCCGCGGCCAAGGUCAUUGCCAAGUCGCAGGUCACCGUGGCCGCCAAGGCCAAGCCCCCCAGCAACGACCUCAUGCGGUACUGGAAGAUGUUCAAGAAGAACACCAGCGUGCAGAUGGGCAUCCUGGCGGCUGUGCUCUCAAUCAUUAUGAUUGCCCUGGUCGUCAUGGCGGCUCGCAGCUAGACAGCUGGGGCAACACAGGCGAUCUGGUGUCGGGUGGUUACUGGGCAAGUGGGCAUCAGACGCCGCUGGUCCGUGCGCGAUCGUGUGGCAUGCGUCGCGGCAGCCAUUGCUGCUACGGGGGCAUGCGUCUUGUUUGUAGAGGCUGGUCGCACCCGUGGAGGGCACUGUAGACGAUCAGGAAAGCAGUGCAUGGCCCUGUCUUUGCUUCCGACGUUAGUACCAGAGGAGAGUUGGCGAGAGCCACGGAUGGCCCUAAUACCGUGGGGGCAUGUCGCACCCGUGGAGGGCAAUGUAGAGCUGGUAGUGAGGGGCGGACAGGCGCCACGGAGUUGUGCCGCCAGGACAACCUGCCGCAAUGGUGGGUGGUAGGACCAUGACUUGACGACGUUCAUAGGUUAGGCCGUGGAUGACUGCAUUUCGGGCAGGCUCGCUUGAAUGCGUGCACGGAGCAGGAUGAAAGCCACGAAGUAGGAUCAAGGUAGCUCGGGAGUGGCGACUGCCGCGUGAAACGCACGCCAGUACGCAAGCGCGCGGUGACCAGAUUUGCAUGGUCGGUUCUAGAUUGAUUGGACUAGAGCUUAGGUUAUGGGGAUCAAUGGUGCUAUAAUAGAACGGUACGAGGAGAGUGGUGUGGGCGCACGUAAAGCAGAUACUGACUGUGACAUAUACACUUCGCUGACUGGUGACGUGACGGCCCUGCGGCAGGCUGCUUGGAAAUUAGACAGUCAUGUGACUUCUGCUUGACACGGGUGGGGCGCGAUUGACCAGCACCAAGGAAAAGCCCUUGAACGGGCAGAACGCACCUGUAACAACUCGGCAUU